AUGACUGCCACGCUCCAGCUGACUGAGCAGCUUGCGAAGGUUGCGCCCAUCGUAUCCCGGCUGAGAAAUUGCCCGGCGGAGCUACACCAGAUCUAUCUUAAGCAGCUUCUACACGUGCGUGAUGAACUCAGGAACUGGUGGACCACACUGCCCGAAGAUGUGCACUGCCGUGACCUUGAUCCUUCCAAGCAGCUUUUCCGCUAUAAUGUCCAUUUGGAAAUGACAUACGCUACGAUAAUCAUGUACAUGGGUCGUCCCUUGAUUCUUGCUGGCACACCAAACUCAUCGGCCUCUGCUGAGGGCGGCUCUGACCCAGCCGUAGAUGCUGGUGCAAAGUUAUGUUUUGACUGCGUUCAGGCUGCUCUCCGGAUCGUCGAGCUAUGCCAAUUAUUACAGGACACUGUCGGUGUAGCACGAGUUUCGUAUACAGAAUUUAGCUCCUGCCGUGCGGCGCUCUUGGCCAUUAUCGCCCAGAGUUUGAAUGCACGAACGGAACGGCUACGUGGGGCACUUACGCAAGGCAUGGGUUUGAUACGCCGGAUGUGUGUUGGCCUCCAGUCGGCUCGUUCAGAAGUAGCAGUUAUCGAGGCGCUUGAGCGUGCAGCACGGCGUCUAGACAGCCGAGCUGGAAAUGAAGACACAGUCCCUGGGGAAUCAGGCGUCGGAUACAACCAAUUUAGACGCUGGGCUAUGCUAUGGCAAUCUGAGACUCCUCCGUCUAAUAUGGCGGACGAAUCUGAACCUAUUGGGCUCGAAAAUUCGCAAUUGCCAGCCGGAUCCUUUGACGGGUUCUUCUCUUCCUUUCCUCAAGAGCUUGGAGCUUUUGCAUCCUUCCCAGAAGCAGGGAUGCAGUUCGGCGAAAGCUUGCCGACCAUGCUUUGGCCUGAUGACUUAUCACUACCGACGUUCCCUCCAAACCCGGAUGCUCCCGUUUGA